UCUCCGCGCCAGUCGCGCUGCAGUCGCACAUCGUGUUUUAUUAGUUUCAGUUUUUGCGGAUUUUUCGUUUUCAUUUGAAUUCCUCUGUUCUUUUAUCAUCGAGUUUGUUUGUGAAAAUCAUCAGCGAUGAAUCUGGAGUUGCUCGAGACCUUCGGGCAGAAUUAUCCAGAGGAGGCCGAUGGCACUCUGGACUGCAUCAGUAUGGCUCUCACUUGCACGUUUAACCGCUGGGGGACGCUGUUGGCCGUCGGCUGUAAUGACGGACGAAUCGUCAUCUGGGACUUUCUUACGCGCGGCAUUGCCAAAAUUAUCAGCGCGCACAUACAUCCCGUCUGCUCGCUCAGCUGGAGUAGAGACGGACACAAGCUCCUGAGCGCCUCCACAGAUAACAUCGUCUCUCAGUGGGACGUCCUGACGGGAGACUGUGACCAAAGAUUCCGAUUCCCGUCACCCAUCCUCAAACUGCAGUGCCAUCCCAGAGACAUGGAUAAAGUUCUAGUGUGCCCUAUGAAGUCAGCACCGGUCCUGCUAACGCUGUCCGACUCCAAACACGUGGUUCUUCCUGUGGACGAUGACUCGGAUCUGAACGUGGUGGCGGCGUUUGACCGGCGCGGUGAAUACAUCUACACCGGCAAUGCCAAGGGAAAGAUUCUGGUGUUGAACACAGACAAACAGGAUCUUGUGGCGUCGUUUCGAGUGACGACGGGAACCAGUAACACCACAGCCAUCAAAUCUAUCGAGUUUGCACGGAAGGGCAGUUGUUUCCUAAUAAACACAGCAGACAGAAUCAUUCGUGUGUACGACGGCCGAGAGAUUCUCACCUGCGGCAGAGACGGAGAGCCUGAACCCAUGCAGAAACUACAGGACCUUGUGAACAGGACGCCGUGGAAACGCUGUUGUUUCUCUGGUGAUGGCGAGUAUAUCGUAGCGGGAUCGGCGCGGCAGCAUGCGCUGUAUAUCUGGGAGAAAAGCAUCGGAAACCUGGUGAAGAUCCUUCACGGCACGCGAGGAGAACUGCUGCUGGAUGUAGCGUGGCACCCUGUGCGGCCGAUCAUUGCGUCUAUCUCCAGUGGAGUUGUGUCUAUAUGGGCCCAGAACCAAGUGGAGAACUGGAGUGCGUUUGCUCCUGAUUUUAAAGAGUUGGAUGAGAAUGUGGAGUAUGAAGAGAGAGAGUCAGAGUUUGAUAUUGAAGAUGAAGACAAGAGUGAACCAGAACAGACUGGGUUUGUUGUUUGUGUAUCAGGAGCUGAUGCAGCUGAAGAUGAGGAGGUGGAUGUCACUACAGUUGAUCCCAUCGUAGCGUUCUGCAGCAGUGAUGAAGAGCUGGAGGAUUAUAAAGCGCUACUAUAUCUUCCCAUCGCUCCGGAGGUCGAAGACCCAGAGGAGAAUCCGUUCGGACCGCCACCAGACGCCGCGGGUCAAAACGCCACCACUGAAGACGGGUCAAUUCACAGCAACACUGGAGAUAAAAAACAAAGACAACCUUCUGCUGAUGGAGGUCCGCCCAAGAAGAAAAUCCGAACCACCACCAUCGAACUGCAGGGCGUUCCGAGUGACGAGGUGCAUCCGUUGCUGGGUGUGAAGGGCGACAGUAAGUCGAAGAAGAAGGCAGCCGGGCGCCCGAAGGGCUCUAAAGGUAAAGAGAAAGAUUCUGCAUUCAGACCCAAACUCUACCAAGACAGAGACAGGGACAGAGCGGAGGGGUUCGGCGUGCCAGGAAAUCUCGUGUCAUCGUCGUACAAGCAGCAUGAAGUUCAGGGUUUGGACUGAAGCUGAAGGGAAACGGCGCCCCCUGUCUGUGUGGAUGAAUAUCGCCGCUCUUUUUAUGGACUGUAAAGACUGCGUUUGUGUUGCAUUAUUACCGAUGGAUGUUACAGCUCAACGAUGCUGCAGUUUGAAGCCCAAAUGAUCCAUUCCACAUGUAGAGAGAGAGAGAGAGAGAGAGAGGCAGCGAUAGUGAGGGAUGCAUGUAUUUUUUGUAGAGUAGAAUGAUCUGUCGCUGUGUAACAGUACCAGCUGUGUCAAAUAUCCUGUUUGUUUUUAGUUUUCAGCGAUACCUCUGGACUGAUGAUGUUUUUAUAUAUAUAUAUAUAUAUAUAUAUAUAUAUAUAUAU